AUGAAAUUCCUUCCGAAUCUUAUCAAAACACCAACACUAGAAGAAAGUGACGACGACGAGUAUUAUGGAACGAUUGCCGUGUCCGCUGGUGAUCGCUGGUUUGGCUACGUUUUAGCGUGGUCACUUCUCGAGCUACAAGGAGAUCAUAAAAAGUACAAUGUUCGCGUUAUUUCUCGUGUGCAUAAUAAUUUAACGGAUGAUUUGCAUAAAAAAGGAGCCGAGAUUGUUAGUAUUGACUACGGACGAAGCGAGACACUUGAAACUGCGCUCGGUCAUGUUGGGUGGCUAGUGUUUGUUUCCGAAAUGGCACCUGAUCGUGUUAAAUUGGCGAGAGCUCUUACUGAUGCAGCUAAAAAAGUUGAUGUGUCAAAUAUUAUCACUAUUUCAAUGCUUGGAGCCGGUGAUUCAAAAGCACAAUCACUCGUUGAUUUUAGAGAUAUUGAAAGAGCGGUGGAAAGUUCUGCUCGAAAUUGGGUUACUUUAAGAAACUCGUUCUUAAAUCAACGAUUUUUCCAUUUCGAGAGACGAAUCAAAGAAAACUCCAUGCUUACUAUCAGUGUAAAUGCAGACAGUCGAUGGGCACCGAUCGAUCUUGACGAUUUGGUCUCCGCACUAUCGUUCCUCGCGAUCGAUGACAAUGGUCUAUUGCGGCCCGGCUUGGAAGAUAAACACCAACGUAGAAUUUACACAUUAACAGGCCCCGAAUUAGUUAGUGGUCCAAUUGUUGCCAAUGAAAUUAAUUUAGCUAUUAAAAGUCCACAUGCAGUUAAAUUCUCGGAAGUUACGCGAGAAGAUCUUGAAGAUUAUUUGUUGGGCAAGGAUAAAGGUAGCAAAGAGCGUAAUAAAGAUUUGUUUAGGGGUCUUGAGCAAAGAAAAACUCGUCAUUUUAACUAUCCGAAGCCCGCACCACUUAAUCCAGCUGAAGUUACCGCAAUCUUGGACUUUUUCGACUACGUGAAAUCCGGAAGAGCCGGAUAUUUGUCCGGAGAUGUUAAAGCAAUUACCAACGAGGAACCAAAGCGAAUGACGUAUUUCUUUAGGGAUAAUUCUGAUUCAUUUCGUCCUAAUCCAAAACGUAACAAUUAUCGACAAUCGCAAAGAGGAUAUGACGACGAUGAAUACGAAAGAAGGCAAGAGUACUACGAAGAUGACGGAUAUCUUAGAAGAGAACGCGUGCGCGACAGGAAGUUCCGAUCAAAAUUUUAA